AAAUACAGUGACCUAUGUCCGAAGGUUUUCUUUUCCGUUUCACGUGUGUAAACAUUCGUUUCGUUAUGUUUAGUAACAGGAUGGGCACUUAGCACCCCCAGAGGAACACAUGCAGCGGAGAGAUGACAGGGGGGACUUUUGAGGACAUCACGGCCGUGCAGCAGAUGAUUUCAUCUUGCACGGGCGCCAUCCUCACCUCUCUUCUUGUGACGCCUUUUGAUGUUGUGAAAAUCCGGCUUCAAUCCCAGAAAGUGCCACUGGUGAAAGGGAAAUGCUUUUUAUACUGCAAUGGAUUAAUGGAUCAUCUGUGUACAUGUCUUAACGGGGGCAACAAUGGAUAUUGGUAUAAACGAAAAGUGCCUGGUCCCUACAAAGGCACAGUGGAUGCGAUGAUGCAGAUUACCAGACACGAGGGAUUGAGAUCACUGUGGAGUGGACUGCCUCCCACAUUAGUUAUGGCUGUACCUGCCACAGUGGUUUAUUUCUCCUGUUACGAACAUUUUAGGAAUUUAUUUGGUUACUCGGCAGGUCUAACAGAAAAUGACUGGUGGAAACCCAUAAUGGCUGGAGCUAGUGCUCGAACAUUAGCAGUGUUUGCUAUCAGCCCUCUGGAGAUGGUCAGGACUAAGAUGCAGUCUGAGCAGCUGAAUUACAGUCAGGUUCUGACAGCAGUCCAGCAUACUGUGAGGGAGGGGGGCAUGGUCAAGUCCAUGUACAGAGGUCUCACUCCCACACUCCUCAGGGAUGUACCAUUCUCAGCUUUUUACUGGUUUGGAUAUGAGGGGAUGAAGUCAGUCAUUUUACAGAAGUCCCUAUCACAUAAGAUGACGACUGUUGAGAGUUUCUGUUGUGGAGCUGUCUCAGGAGGGAUUGCUGCAAUUUUAACUUUGCCUUUCGAUGUAAUCAAAACCCAUCGUCAGAUUACUAUUGGCGAAAGACGAAUUAGAGGUUCCCAGGAAGUCACCUCAACACUACGCCUCAUUAUACAGCUGUACCAAAGGGAGGGAAUUCAUGCCUUGUUUGCUGGUCUAGUUCCUCGGGUUGUGAAGGUAGCACCAGCUUGUGCCAUCAUGAUCUCCUCCUAUGAAUAUUUCAAGAACUUCUUUAAAACCAGGAAUCGUGAGCUAAGAGAGAUGGAUAUCUGCAGGGAAUUCUAAAAUCUUCUGUCGGUGCUGUUGUGUGUGUGUUUGUGUGUGUCUAGUCCCAGAGGUGAUUGAACACAUGAAAUGAUGUUAUAAUUUUGUUAUGUUCACAUGAGGAAUAUAAUUACAGCAUGCAUAAAUUGAAGGUUUGUCAUGAAUUUUAUGAUUACUUGCUGUGAUAAAACAGUUACACUAUUUAUAUAAAAUGAGUACAUGUAUAAAUAUUUCUGGAUGUAUGUACAGUAUGCAUAUAGUGUAAAGGCUACUUUGAAUGCAGUGAUUGCAUGUAAUUGUUCACCACUAUCCCACAUUUAACCGUGAUUUAGCAUCAGUUUGACUGUCUGACAGAUUUUUACUUCAUGUGACCUCAUAAUUUGACAGGAAUGCUUUAUUUGAAAAGGUUCAUGUUUAAAGAAAUGCCUUAUACUGCAUUUAUUUUUUUUUUUACUUUCUUUGUAUUCUUGCAGCAUAUUGGGCAUAAUUAAACUCCUCAUAUGUUUUACUUUGAAUAAAGAUUACCGGUAAUUUCUUUUGUGUGUAAUUGUUUAACAAAUGUUCCUUUAUGUCAUAUUUGUCAUUGAUUAUACAACAAAAUCAGGCAUAUUCAUAUAUAUCAAUGAAAUUGGUGCCAUCUUCAUGCAAAGAUACUGCAUCUGUAUGUUUUUAAUAUAACAUGUAUUAGUGUUUUAGGUAUUAAAAAUCUCAUCCUAAUUAAUGUACUGGAUAUAUAAGAUGGUAUAAUACUAUAUGUUUUACAUGAAUAUUUAUGUAUGCAAUUUCCCUAGUUGAUCAGCAUAUGCAUAUGUAUGUGUUCUAUAUGAAUAACAAAAUAAUUAAUGUUGAUACAUUUAUUAUAUGUAAUUCAUUUUCUGCUCAAUUUAAGGUUGAAAUAAUGUUGAUUUUAAGUUUUUAACAUAAACCCUGCAUUUUAAAAGUAGCCAAAGUGCAUUCAAUCAGUUGAAAUUAUGAAACGGAAAUUGAAUGAUUUCCAUUGUUAAUAAAUGUUAUAAAAUAA